UUUCUACGUUUUCGUCUGCUGUGAACAGGAAGGGAGGAACAUUUCUGAGUGAUUUUGUGCUUUUAAACUUAUCUUAAUUUCUUAAUUAGUGUUUAGGCAUUAAUUUAGAGAAUACAAUUUCAACGGUACGUGAAAGUGACAUUUACAAAUUGUAUAAAUUUAUUAUUCUUGCAUAUUGGCGAAAAUUAAUCAAGUUCUUGGUGAAGAAGAAGAAAAAACAGCCAGCAACAAAAACAGCAGCUGCGACAUUCUAGUAGAAAAACAAAGGAAGAAUUUGCAUAGUGAAGCAAACAAGAAAUCAAUAAAACUGACUAGACGUCAAAGGGAUGUGGCCUUGUUCAAAGAUAAUAUUUAAAAUAAACUUAAUAGAAAGUAGAAAACCAUACAGAUUCAUUAAAUUGUAAACAGUGUACAUACAACGCUACUUAACAUUUUCGCGGCUGGACCGGAAGUGCACGCCCCUAAAAAGGAGUUGUUUUAAGGGUGACCAAAUACAUAAUCCAAAGUCCUCCGCUAACAGCUGCAGCCUGCAGGAGUAAAAAAGGCUUCGACAUACACAGAUGUUGGUUCACCCGGGCAGGAUCUGAGGUCAUUCAAAUACUUGAAUAUAUUAAAAUAUUGGAGAUAUUUUCAAGCAACUAAAAUACGAGUCCUUUUACAUUUAAUUUCGGAAAAAUAAAAUAUUCAUUGAAAGAACAAGCUAAAAAUCCGUCGCUUUAGUUACUGCUUAAACUACGCUAAAAGAUAACCUCAAUGUCGUCUACGAAUCAACCAUUGGUCGACUUAAUCAGCACAUUAUCUGAAGAUGAAGCAGCAGCCGCUUCUGCAGCAGCAGGUACACACGGAUUCGGUACAUCCUUUGGGUCAACGAACGCUAACAAGCUUGUAACUGAAGUAGAGAUAAAUACAAUCGGACUGAACAAAACAAAGAAGAAAAAGAAGAAAUCAAAGAAAAAGUCACGGCGAGAGCAAAUUUUGUUAUCAGUCGACGACGAAUCUGAUGAUGAUGAUGAAGCCGAAGUAGAUAAUGCUGAAACAGGUGGAGGGGACGCCAAUGGGUAUACGACCAAAGUUCGUAGCAAACCAGCUACUAGAUAUAGCGAUGCCGAUGCCGAUGGAGAUGAUGAAGAUGACAAUGAAGUUGCCAUCGGCAAUGGCAUCGUCACCACCAAUGAGAAUGAUUUGUUCAAUUCGCUCAACGGGCACUCGCACAAUAACCGACCAGAGCAACAAGCCCACUACCAGCUGCAAAGUCAGCAACGACAACAAAAUAAACAUACAACGCAACAACUUUUGCUACUAGAUGAAAACCUACCACACAACAAUAGCAACACCAAUAGCAGUUUCAUUUCACUCUCACCCAACACAUCGCCGGUACUAACUAAUGGACUGGUUACCACAGUUGGCGCUCAUCAUCAACGUGAAAGUAGUGGUGGUAGUCAAAGUGGAAUUGGCACGAAUACCAGCCGCAGUAGUAGCAGUGCGAGUAGCGCUAGCGGGAGUAAUCAUAGCGAACACAGUACACCACAAUAUGGCAAAGGAACAGCAUCUCCAAGGCAGCAAGCUGCUUUAAAUCAACAUAUAUCACCAUUAUUGACGUCAACACCACCGUCAGUGGCAGCUAAGUCGCGUAAUUUUCAAACGAAGACUAAUCAGCUGGUGUCGUCAACGUUACAACGACACUACGACAGCGCUGACGACGGUGACGAGAUUUGUCUAGUGCCAGAAGUCGAUUUCGAAAGUGGUUCCAUUAUGGAUGCGGGUAGUGAUAAUCGGGAAUCGCAGCCUUUACUCGGCGGUCAUGGAUAUAGUAGCAGUAGUGGUGGACGGGAUCACAAUGAACUGGCGGCUAACACAUUUAUGGAUGACCCCGCAUUCAAUGACGUUGUGAUCCAAGCGGAAGCGGCCAUUGCGGCUGGUGUUAUGCCACAGCGCAUUUAUCAGGGCAGCAGUGGCUCGUAUUUUGUGAAGAAUGCGGAAGGUAAAAUCCUGGCUGUCUUCAAACCGAAAGACGAGGAACCCUAUGGACGACUAAAUCCAAAAUGGACCAAAUGGAUGCAUAAAUUAUGUUGUCCUUGCUGCUUUGGACGCGCCUGUCUGAUACCGAAUCAAGGCUACUUGUCGGAGGCAGGCGCAAGCUUAGUAGAUCGUAAACUAAAUUUAAAUAUUGUACCAAAGACCCGCGUUGUACGGCUAGUUGCCGAAACGUUCAACUAUGCACGCAUCGAUCGACAAAAGGCGAAGCUAAAGCGACGCAUUAAGGAGCACUACCCGUCAGCGCACUUCAAUCGCAUGAGUCUGCCACUUAAGACUGGUUCCUUUCAACUUUUCGUUGAAGGCUACAAAGAUGCCGAUUUUUGGUUGCGCCGCUUCGAACAAGAACCACUAAAUUCAACACUUAACGAAUCAUUUCAGCUACAAUUCGAAAGACUCGUUGUACUCGACUAUAUUAUUCGUAAUACAGAUCGUGGCAAUGAUAAUUGGCUUAUACGUUAUGUGCGACCUGCCGCCGAUAAGUGUGCUAACACCAAAGGAUUAGAUGUAAAGCCAUUAAUUGCGCCCACCAAAGCACCGGCAGCCCCAACGACACAGCAGGAGCAGGAACAACAGACGUCGGAGAGAAAUGGCGAUAUUGCUGCAGUUAAAAAGGCAGUGGAGCCAGCAGAGGCUAAAGAUGAAUUAGAUACGUCUGCGCAAUCCGACAAGGUGGAAGAUCUAAGCGGCGAGAAAAGUGACAAGCCAUCUACAAGUAGUCAGUCUGCUGAUGAAACAGUGCAAGGUAAAAUAGUGCUGGCUGCCAUCGACAAUGGCUUAGCAUUUCCAUUCAAACAUCCUGAUUCAUGGCGUGCCUAUCCGUAUCAUUGGGCGUGGUUGCCACAAGCAAAAGUGCCAUUUAGUGAGAAAACAAAAAGCCAUGUGCUGCCAUUACUGUCCGACAUGAAUUAUGUGGAGGAAAUCUGCACUGAAUUAUAUUACUUAUUUCAGCAUGAUAAAGGCUUCGAUAGGCGCCUCUUUGAACGACAAAUGUCUGUGAUGCGUGGCCAAAUUUUGAAUUUAACGCAGGCGCUUAAAGAUGGCAAAUCACCGGUGCAGUUGGUGCAGAUGCCAGCGGUCGUGGUUGAAAGAUCCCGUGGUCAAAAUAGUCGUUUCUUUUCGUUUACGCAACGCUUUCAAAAUAAAAGUCCCUUCUUUUCGUGGUGCUAACAUAACAACAACCACACG